GGAUGUGAUGCUUGAAAGUUCAAAAACUGCUGUUGUCAACAAGCUCCAGGAUUGACCUGCGAAGCAGUGUGAUGAAGCAACAGAUGAAUGCAGAUUUUUCACCGCAUGCAAGAGAAACAUCUUUGUAAAAUAAAGCUAAGUGAAUUUGCAGAAGGAAACGUGGAUUAGUUCUGCAGCAAAUUACAGAGAAAUACUUUUUUGCAUAGAAUUUGCAUUCGAUUGUAAAAUUGAUUGGAUAGCCUUGAGAUAAAAAGUAAAAGUAUGAUACUUCAUCCUCAAAUGUAACAGCUAUUUAUUAGCCUGAUCAAAGUUAGAAAGUAUAAAAAACAAGCAACAUCUGAAGAUCACUCCAGGGAGGGUUUCAUUAAAACCUCAAAGGAACAAAAAGCUUUUCCUUUUAGGAAUGUUUAUUUGUUCUUGACCUCGAAGGAGGCCUUUUCCUGCAAAGAUUUCUUUUUAUUUCUUUUUGCAUUAUUAAUUUGUACAUGUGCUAAGGACAAAUAUUGAUAAACAGAUAGAGACAAAUGGAUAGAUGCUGCAAAAGUCUUGUGACCUCAACCCCACCUAAGAUCCUUUUCCUCAUACCCCACGUGUAUUUGGAAAUCACUGAAAUACAAGAUAUAUUUUAAUCAUGUCUGAAUUAAAAUUUGCAGUUCUUUGAUCGUUGCUUCCUGUUGUUGUUGUCUACACAGCUCCUCGGCGCUUGUGUUUCAAAUUGUGGUAAAAUCUUCCACUUGGAGGUUUGCUCUAGAGAGUUUGCCAGUGAAGUCAGUAACGUCUUAAAUAAGGGACACCCAAAAGUGUGUGAAAAGCUGAAGGCGCUGAUGGUGGAGUGGGCAGAGGACUUCCGCAAUGAUCCGCAGCUCAGCCUGAUCUCAGCGAUGAUCAAGAAUCUACGCGAGCAAGGGGUCACCUUCCCAGCUGUGGGGUCCCAGGCUGCAGAGCAAGCAAAAGCAAGUCCAGCAUUGGUGGCAAAGGAUCCCUCCACCACCACAAACAAAAAAGAGGAAGAAGAUCUGGCCAAAGCUAUCGAGUUGUCGCUAAAGGAGCAACGACAGCAGCCGCCCCUGUCAAGCCUUUACCCGAGCACUUCCAGCCUACUCUCUACACACAAGUCCGACGGCAGAAAAGUCCGCGCCAUCUACGACUUUGAGGCUGCGGAGGACAAUGAGCUCACUUUUAAGUCCGGAGAAAUCAUUACCAUCCUGGACGACAGUGACCCCAACUGGUGGAAAGGGGAAACAUACCAGGGAGUCGGCUUGUUCCCUUCUAACUUUGUCACCGCUGAUCUCACUGCAGAACCUGAGAUGAUGAAGACAGAGAAGAAGACUGUACAGUUCAGCGAGGACAUCCAGGUGGAGACAAUAGAGCCUGAACAGGAGCCUGUUUAUAUAGACGAGGACAAAAUGGAUCAACUGCUCCAGAUGAUUCAAAGUGCAGAUCCUACAGACAACCAGUCGGACAGCGUGGAGUUACUCCAGCUAGAAGGUGCAUGUAAUCAAAUGGGACCUCUGAUUGACCAGAAGUUGGAGGACGUAGACAGGAAGCACUCUGAGCUGUCAGAACUAAACGUAAAGGUCAUGGAAGCAUUGUCUCUAUAUGCAAAGCUGAUGAAUGAAGAUCCAGUGUAUGCCAUGUAUGCUAAGCUGCAGAGCCAGCAGUACUACAUGCAGCAGCCUGCUAGCGCGACACAGCAGGUCUACCCUGGUCAGCCUGCGUCGGGCACAUAUGCCAUGAGCGGCACCGGUGUGCAAGGCUAUACGGUUCCUGUGGAGCAGCUUCCUGCUGGUGCUCCUAUUCCAGGUCAGCCAGCUCCCAGUGAAGUCCACAUGUACAUGGGCCAGCCACCGGUCUACGCCGCAGCGCCUGGUGCUAUGGCUCCAGCAGACAUUCAGUCCUAUCCAAACCCAGGAAGUGCUGUGGGCCCCGCACAGUGCACAGCUCCUGCGAACUACAGCGCCCCCUCUGGCACAAGCUUAGCACCUCCCUCAGACAUCCCACAGGCCCCUUACUCAGAGAAAGCCUUGCUAUAGGCCCCCCUACAUCUCCUCCUUACAGAUAGGAUAAACAAACACAAAUUGUCACCCCACGGUAAGAAGUAGUUCAUUAUUGUUCCCAUUAAGGAGGAGCAGCAGGUUUGAUCAUUUGAAUCGGAUCAGGCAAACACUGGCCUUUGGUGCACCUUGUGUUUUAUUUGGCGAAUAUACAUGUGAGAAUACAGUUACUUCUUUCUUCUGGUCAUGAGGUAUUCAUAAGGUUUUCAUUUGAGCUGACAAAUAUGUAAGUUUGAAGGUUUGCAUAAUUUUUAUUUUUUAUUUUUUUUUGGAUCAUCUUUGCACAUUUUUACCUCCUCAGCUGCUGUUAGAUGGAUUGGUUUAUGUUUUGUUCAUGGUCUAAUUUUAAGCACUUAAUCUAAAUCCGGCCAGAAUGAAAUCCACUUUUUACGUACAAAAUCUGACAAUAAAUAAUUAAGCAGUGCUUGAUUUAAUGAUUUAUGGACAUUAUUGUUACUGUACGUUUGCUUUUCAAACACUAUAAAGACGCAUUAAAAAGGGUCUUACCGACCUGUUUUUAAAUCAUUUUGUAAACAAAAAAAUAUCAUUUGAAUUCUUUAUUUUCAAAUCUAUUGAAUUUCUAAAUAUGAUUGCAGCUAUCUGGACAUGUAGACACAUCUUAUACUUAGAGGUUAUGAUAGCUUAACAGUAAAAUCAAUAUAGGUGGAACUGAAUAAAUUUUAGUUACAGAGUGAGUUUUAGAUGUUUAUUUCAGUAAAUUUGGAUCGUUGUGGCUUAAAAAUUCAACAUGUCACAUUUAAAACAAAAAGAAAAGCAUUUUGGAUACACCCAAACUGCUGAAGGAACUUUGCUUCAACACUGUGUUCUCACUGUUGCUAGUGUCCCUUUUUCUGCUCCACUUUUUCCUUCCACUUAACUUUCCACUUUUUACAAUUAUUUUAAAACAGCCAACUUUUUAAAAUUAUUGUUUUGUACUCUCCUUGUGAAGAUUGACAAUGAGUGCUGGGCAACUGUCAAUAUAGUGGUCUUCCUCAAGGUCAUAUUGCCCAUAAUAUGGACAAAAUGUAACAUAAUUUUUCUUAGAAACUCGUGUUCAAGUUUAUUUUUAAGCCAUAAUCAUCCAAAUGAGCAGAAACAAACACCUAAAACAUAAUUUUGAGAUUUGCCUGUGAUUAUUAGAAUUUGUCCCAUAUUUCUUAAAAAUGUUAGCUUUUUGUAAACAAAACAAGUUUUACCGAUUAGAGUAAACAAGUGUAACCGCACCUGCUGUAUAAAUAAUUUAGAAAAUCCACAUAAUGCAUAAAAUCCACAGCAGUUCUUUGACAACACUACAUAUGUAGACUAAAACACUAACAUUGAGACACAUUCAGUGUGCUGUGGUGAGCUCAUCCACUGCAGCCAAUUUCAGCCCCAUUCUUGCCACAAAAACUUUAAAAAGUACUGAAAACUGAAGCCACUUUGACUUCUGGAGGGAAAGAAAACCAGGACAGCAGAAGCAUGCACAAGACAUGUGUAUAUACUGUAUCAAAAUAGACCCCAGGUGGUUGGCUGUAUGUUGGCACAGCUCUCCCAGCCAUAAAACAAAAUUCUGCCGUCUUUGCAUGUACCUGGUGAAUUAAAGGUGUAUUAACCAUCCCUACAUGCCCAUUUUCCUUUUCAAUCCAAGCGGCUUUGCAGCCUUUCUCAGAGGGUCGCAGUCCUCUGUGUCCGUCAGGGCUGUGCUAACAUGCGUACACCACCAACUUGGCUACAAUGGGGGAAAAACUCUGAGCCCCACUGACUUUUUUUUUUUUUUUUUUUUUUAAACAUCUUGUUUGCCAUUGUAUUUUUUUGUUGUUGUUUUUUGUAGUGCUUUCUAAUUUAUGUUUAAUUAUUAUGAUGAUAUUUUUAAUGAAGUAUUGCAAGAUGUAUGUAUUCAAAGAAUAGAGUGGAAUGUGCGAUAUUCUGCCUAACUUAGUUGUAUAUUUCAGACGAGAACCUGGACGUUUCUCUUAUUGUACUGUAGGUUUAAUGGCGACAUUAGAACUGACUGAACUCGAGCCCACAUGUGUUUUCUGUGGUUUUUCUCAGACUUGAGGGACGUUUCUGAUGAAGAGGCAUUAGUUGAAGAUGUUUAGUUGCUAACUCUCUCCCAACAUUAGAUGAUGCAUUUAGUGUUAUUAGUCUUGAAUAAUUUAUAUGACUUCUACAUGUAGCAAGUCUUUAAGAAGGAUUUGUUGGUUGGAAAAACAGAUUUUCAAUAAGCUAAUAAAAUGGAAAACUAAAGUUGUUUGUGUUUUAUAUUUAACUAUGCUUUAUGAAGGAAAUUUGAAGUAUGAAUGCUGAAGUAAACUUUAGAGUGGGGACACGUUUCUAUACUCUGGACAAACUUUUCUGAUUUCAUUUUCUCCUUGGAUAUCUUGUUUCAAAUGUGUAAAUGUCUUGCCAUCCACGUGCCACCUUAAGAAUGCAAAACAACUUUCAAUUUAGACUUGGUACUCGGACUCCAUUUUGGAGAAUUGUAUUUAAAUAAUGUAGUUGAGACAAAAUAAAAGAGUCAAAUCGGCCAUGUUCAACCAUUAUAGCUGUUCUGGGACCAGGAGAGAAGGAGCCAGUUUGUUGUCAUCCAAACAAAGCAUUUUAUUGCACCGCAGUGUUGGACUGCAGCCCCGAUGUAACUUUUUUUUUUUUUGUACAGGAUUGAGAUGCUGCCUGUUUUUAAGUUUAAUCUCAACGUUAUUAUAAAGGUUCUGCCCAAACUUGUACUCUGCUGUUUCUCUGUAUUCUUUUAACCAUACCUAAUAAUUGGUAUUCACAAUAAAUCCAGGCCGAGUGUACAGAGUAA